AUGUCGAUUCCCUAUUUGUGUAACCUUAAACUUUAUACAACUGAAUCAGCAAUUGGGAUUCUCAUUGGAACAUAUCUGGUGUCUCUAACAGUACUUAUUAUAACACUUAUGUCUAUUGAACGAUGGCUGCACAUGACUCGGCGAUCCUCAAUAACAUCGCGCGGUGGAUGUCUCAUCGCUGCGGUCUCACUGGUAGUACCAAUUCCUUUCGUUAUUCUACAGGGUAUUUAUUGUUACAAGGAUAGUUUUAAACUAGAGGUAGGCACCACUAUGGGAGUAUAUCUGCUAUCUUGCUACUUAGCCACCACUGUUGCCCAUUUCAAAGUGUUCCGUAUAAUUCACCGACACCAGCAACAAAUUGGUGGAAACCAGUCGUGUCAAAGUGUUUGUCAACGAGCGAUCGACUUGGCGAAAUACAAGAAAUCCGUAAUUUCAAUCUUAUACAUUCUUAUUUUGUUUUCUCUUUCUUUCUUGCCUGUGACAGUUAUACUCUUCCUCAUUGUUAAAUGGGGUAAGAGCAAGGGAACAUGGGAGCCAUAUCACGUGUCUUUGGUGUUCUUAUUUUUGUCUUCCAGUCUCAAUCCUGGUCUUUACAUCUGGAGAAUGAGAGACAUUGGUGAUGGAGUAAAAUCUUUAUUCUCCCCCUGUAGAUCCCAGUAGAAUAGUUAACAAUAGGUCAUUUGCACGAUGACGUCAUUUUACUGCUUACCCUGCUAGCAGAGUCGCUUCGAUCUUUCCUAGAUGAGAAGGAGACUCUGUUCGCAGGGUAUUUACUGCUACAACCAGGAUCCUUUUGGUUUUUCCUUUCAUGUUUUUAUUUGGUAAUCCCAGUGAGGUUUCGAUAACAAAAGCCCUAAUUUGCACAAGAAAGCAAAGUCCUGAGGGAUUCUUGUCGUAGGAGUAAAAUGAUGUCAUCAUAUAAAGGGCCUAUUAUUCCACGAGUGCGCGUUGGCUAUAAUCAUCUCAUAUCCAACAAGCGCGAGUGGAAUAAUUGUUUUAUUAGAAACGCCUUUAAAAUAGUGGGAAUUCUUCCCGCCUUUAUUUGUAAAAACAACAGAUUUUCCCCUUGUUUUUAAUUUUGAGCAGACGCGUACAGUUACCAUAUUUGGAGAACAUAGUAUAAUGGCUAAGCAAAUAAGAGCUCUAGGACUGCUUUAUCCAAUGAUUCAGUUUUUAAUAAUAUGAAUUAUCAUCAGUGAAUCACGGGGGAGCACUCAACAAAGUUCUACACGUAGACGCUUCGCCCCGAUGUCCAACUCCUUACCUUUUUAUAAACCUUUUUUUGACGGAAAAGGAACCCUGUUAGCCCUUGUGUUGUCCUUUUGGAGACUAAAAUGACAGAUUUCCCUGCGCUUUCAUAUGCUCCAACCAAUGAAAUACUUAGUCUUUCAAAUAUCAGAAGCCUGAAAAUGUACCUCUUGCGCACCGGCUCGCGAAGCCCCCUCAUAUAGGCUAUUUUAGUGGUACCCCUCUCCUAAUGGGCGAAUCGCAAGCUAAGUGACCACAACGAAAUCGCCGGAGAUCAAGGAACCAUAUCUAAUAUAUAGUUUCUUAAUGUGGUAGCAUCUGAGAAUGCUUUAAGCAGCUCAACAACAGUGACUACUCAGAAGGGAGAACAUAAAAGUACACUUAUGAAUUAGAAAUUGCAUGCAAGGAAUUCUCUUGAAAAAUGUAGAUGUGUGGUUCGAUUCUCGUUGGCGACCACGUCUCAUAAGCGACCACUAAAUCUUCGCACUUUGGAUUGUCAUGCACUUACCGGAGGUUCGACUGUAUGCAAUCUGUGCCUCUGAAGUUAAAUCCUAAGGCCAGUCAUUCAUGUUGGUGGCUGUAGACUGAUGAGCGUUUCAAGCACAAAAUAUCUAGUGUUAGACAUCGACGGUGGAGUCUGUCAUUGCGUCCACUUUGAAGGAUGACGCAACAAGGUAUCAUCUGGUAUUGGAAUGAUCAAGCGAAUGUGUUCCAUGAUCCUACUUACACCCCAAACACUAUUUACAAGUUUAAGUACAUUUUCAUUUUUACUUGUUACAAAAAAUAGAAAAGAUUGUCGUGUCUCUCGUGGAACACUUCAGGUAAAACUUUGCCUGAUUCUUGACAUGAGUAGUUUAGUGGGGAUUUUUUGAACCCCAUUUUUGCGUAGUAACGAGGAUGAUGUCAUAUUCCUUUAUCUUUAUCGCAUGAAUAAAAUGUAGAGGAAUUUCAUUAAUGCGAUUUAUGCUUUUAUAAGAUUUGAUGUCAUGCUAAGUUUACUUUUGUCACGCCCCCUUCAAAGUCAGUACAUGCUAAAAUAAAUUAUUAUAAUUAUGUUUUCCUUGUUUCGCAGUUUUUACCGCCCAGAGGUACGAGAAGCUACUACUUUCCUCAGGAGCGUCUGGGGGAGUUGUCAUCUAGUUAGUGGAGAGCACUUUUCGUAAAAUAUGAGCUGUGCCCAAUAGCUAGGCUGGUCUUCUGUAGAUGCUUCUAGGACUUUGAUCGACGUAUUUUUCCAGGCUCUUUUUUAACUAGGCCAAGUGUUCCAAAACCUACAGGCACAGUUUCUCCUAUAAGGCCCCAAAUCCUUGAGAUUUCGAUCACUACGUUUAAAUAUUUUGAUAGCUUUUCAACCAUUUUGACAGGUGUAUUUCGUUCAGCGCGAAUACGGCCAUAUCAAUCAGUAGGCAAUUCUUCAGUUCUUGAUCUUUCAUUAGGAUGUCAGGCCUGUUGGAUUUGAUUUUUUUAUCCGUUUGAACCAGCUUGUCCCAGAGAAUAUACAUCUUUUAUUUUUAUUUUCUUUUACUGUCUCGGGUGUACGCUCGUACGUAGCAGUUGUUCCCCACUUUGAUGUUGUAAGCUUUGCAGAUAUUUCAGUGGAUGUAAGAGGCGGACUUCAGGCAGCCACUUGUAUUGUGAUCGAUGGUUUCUUCGUAGCGGUUGCUUAUUAUUAUUAUAAUUAUUGUAAUUAUUAUUAUUAUUAUUAUUAUUAUUAUUAUUAAGGAAUCUAGAAAUAGAGAAGGGUCAAGCAGGACUUCCCUAGACUCAACAGCUAUAGAUGCGUUAUUAAUUGUCUUUAUUUUAUUUUUUUUAACAGUUGAAAGAAACUUUUGAAUUUUAGAGGCUGACAGUUUUUUUUAUUGAAAUAAAAUGUUUUUAAAUCGAAAAAGUUUUUCUUAGUUAAAUUAACUCUUUCUAAGCUAAAUUAAGUGCUUUUUAAAUCGACAGGAAUUGUAAAUAGUGUUUUGAAUGAAUAGUUUUUCCUUUUUUUCAAGCGAAUUAAUUGUAAAUAGGAUUUUAAUAGUUAGCAUUGCUGUCAAUAAAAUUUUUUCACUUUAAACUUUUAUUAUUAUUAUUAUUAUUAUUAUUAUUAUCAUUAUCGUUAUUAUUUAAUAUUGUUAUUUAAUAUUUUCUAAUCAAUUUACAGGCCCUUUGAAUAUUUCAUCACACUGUAAGGAGCUUUAAAUAAUACAUGUGCUAGGUUUUAUUCACUAUAAAGCUUCGCUUGAUUUUUUAUGGUUGCCAUCAUUAUUAUCAAUGCUCUUAUAAGAGAUCUAUUUAAGGAAAAGAUUGAAAAGAGUCGAUUUCAAAAAACGGUCAUGUUUUCCCUGUUAAAAGAUUAUAAAUGUCAGCUACUGGAAAAAUAAAAUUUCAUGACACAACAAAGCAACGGUCAACAACAGUCAACAAAAGCAAAAACAACAGGAACCGGACAUCGAAUUGAAAAGAAGUAAUUUCAACUCAGCACAUAUAUAGCAGCAAAAACUAAUUAAUAAGUAAUUAAUUUUUUUUUAUAUACGAUAAAAUAUUCAUCUGAAAUUCAACAAUCAUCCUUAGGCUUUCAAUAGACUGAUGCCAGUGCCUAUGAUAACUGUUCAAAAGUUGUGUUUUCUGGCCCUGUUUGUAUUGUAUUACGCAGUUUAAAACCUAACAAUUCUUCUACCGUCUACAAACUUGUCAAGCCAAGCCGCUUUAUUUUUAAUACAUGCGUAGGUGAACCGAGCUGCGGCAUCAUGUUCAAUAUCGCGACUUGGCCUUCUCCAUUCUCCAUUUUCCAUUCCUAGUACCAUGAGCUCUGGAGCAAAUGCUAAAGAGACGAACAGUAUUUUUGUGGCAAGUCAUGUGAUCAUCGUUCUUUUCUCCCCCGUGGCAGUGGUGGGAAAUGCAGUGGUUUUGAUGGCUAUUUGGAAGAAUUCCUUUCAGAGAACAACAUUUCACAUUCUUUUGAGUGUUUUGGCGUUUACGGACUUGUUGACUGGUGUUGCCAGCCCUCUUAUGUCCAUUCCCUAUUUGCUGAACCAUGAGUUUGGAGUUAUCUCCAUGUCUGGCAUUCUCAUAAGUACAUAUCUGUUGUGUCUUACGAUACUUGUUAUAACACUCAUGUCCGUUGAACGAUGGCUGCACAUGACGCACCGAUCCUUACUCACAUCAAGCCGUGGAUAUCUUACCGCUGUCAUAUCCUUGCUAGUGCCAAUUCCCUUAGUCACUUUGCAGGCAUUGAACUUCAUCACCGGGAAAAUGGAAUUAGAAACAAAUGCUGCAAUGGGCGUAUAUGCGGUAUCGUGUUACUUUGCCACCUCUGUUGCAUAUUUCAAAGUGUUCCGUAUUAUUCGACAGCACCAGCAACAAAUUCAUGGGAGCCAGUCACGUCAAAAUUUUGGCCAACAAGCGAUCGACUUGGCAAAAUAUAAGAAAUCCAUUUUUUCAAUCUUGUACAUUCUUGCUUUGUUUUCUUUGUGUGUUUUGCCUUUCCUUGUUUCGCUUUUACUCCUUGUUCUUUUGGGUGAGGAUAACGGAGAGUGGGCGCCAUAUCACGUAUCUUUGGUGUUCUUGUUUUCAUCAUCCUGUCUCAAUCCUGGUCUUUAUAUUUGGAGAAUGAAUGAUGUUCGUAAUGGAGUCAAAAAGUUGUGUUGUUGCACAAACGGAUUCCACUAG